CAUCACAGUUCUUCUGUCGACAGAUUUUGAUUUUGGUAGCUCACCUCUCAGCUGCAAUUAUUACAGCCUCUAUCAUCUCUACCACACGUACCAAGAUUUCUUUUUCUAGCAACAGUGUGAUCUUCACUACAGAGCAACUCAACAAUGUCGACCGGCAUCAUGAAAGUGUUUCUUCUCCUGGCUGUCGUUGUCUGCAUCUCUCAAGCCCAACAAAUGGGAUCAGGAAAGCAGUGUUUGUGCUCAAGUGUCAGGAGGUUAGAUACCUCUGACGUAAAGGAUGUCCAGAUCUACCCAGCAACCAUCUUCUGUGACAACGUGGAGAUUGUUGUCACCACCAACAGCGGCUAUCGCUACUGCCUGGACCCCAAGAGAAGAUUGGUGCAGAAGCUUGUGGCUAACAUCAUAAACAGACAGAAAGCCUCUACAGCCUCACCAACUACGUUCAGCUCCACAGCCGGCAGCAGCAGCACAGCUCGUGUCUGACUCUCUCUGUAACUCCUUCAAUCAGUGAGAAGCUCAGAUGACCUCUUGCUGCAACAAAAGCACCUUCAAACAAAGACGAUGUGAACUGAAUGAAGCUUUUUUUUAUUAUUUAUCUUGUAUUUAUACUUUUGUGCACAUACAGUAUAUCUCCGUUUUAUUUCCUUUGACUUCUGUAAAUACAUUCAUGUGCUGUGAACCAAGUGUUUUGUUCAUUCCAGUUUUUUAUAAUAAAAGACAUAAUCAAAAAAGCA